GCGUGUGUGUAAGAGAGAGAGGCCGGUCAAUGGACCAGAAGAACAGCAGGACACACACAGUUUAGCAGCUAAUGGGCAGCGGCUCCUCGGUGUUAAUGCGGGAGAGGCGCUCCGCCGGGGUUCAACUUUAAACUCUGUCAACUUGGAAAGGCGACAGAAGAAGUAGUGCCGCGGCUUUGUGCUGGCCGCUCAGGGAAAGCGUGUGUGUGCGUGUGUGUGCGUGUGUGAGAGAGAGCGGAGCCGGGCGCCGUCGUGUUUACCGGUGUCGUCAAGGUGUAUCUCUGUACAUGUACACGUGUUGCAAAGUGCAAGGUCCCCUCGGUGCGCGGCUCUCAGAUAUGAGCAGUGAGCAGCUGUAGCCGCAGCUCUUGUGUUCAGCUCCUCAGCUCCAUGUGCCUGCUCCUCUAGACCUGCUCUCCUCAUCAGCCAGCUUUGUUUCCACCCGACAUGUCGAGCCUUCUGCUGGGAGUUAUACGAAGGCGGGGUGGUGUUGGGACAAGUGUUGGGGUUCGCUCCCUGGCCUCUAUCCCCUCACUGCCCCCGGCUGUGGCUGAGUUUGUCAGGGGGGCGGCUGAGGAGUGCAAGCCUGCCAAUGUGCACGUGGUGACAGGCACCCAGGCGGAAACAGCCAACAUCCUGGCCGGCUUGGAGAAGGAAGGGAUGGUCAAAAGGCUUCCCAAAUAUGAGAACUGCUGGCUGGCUCGCACCGACCCCAAGGACGUGGCUCGGGUGGAGAGUAAGACGGUGAUUGUGACCAAAAAGCAGAGGGACACCAUCCCCAUCCCCAGCGGGGGGGCCAAGAGCCAGCUGGGCAGCUGGAUGAGCGAGGCCGACUGGCAGAAGGCCCGAGAGGAGCGAUUCCCCGGCUGCAUGACAGGUCGGACCAUGUAUGUGAUCCCCUUCAGCAUGGGUCCUGUAGGCUCCACUCUGACCAAAUAUGGUGUCCAGGUGACGGACUCGCCGUACGUUGUGGCCAGCAUGGGAAUCAUGACGCGUAUGGGCACACCUGUCCUGAAUAAACUGGCUGAAGGGGUGGAGUUUGUGCGCUGCCAGCACUCUUUAGGACGACCCUUACCACUCAAAGCCCCCCUGGUCAACUCCUGGCCCUGUAACCCCGACAAGGUGCUGAUCUCUCACCUGCCGGACACCAGGCAGAUCCUCUCGUUCGGCAGCGGCUACGGAGGAAACUCCCUCUUGGGGAAGAAGUGCUUCGCCCUGCGCAUCGCCUCCCGAAUCGCCAAGGACGAGGGCUGGUUGGCCGAACACAUGCUGAUCCUGGGUAUCACCAACCCUCAGGGAGUGAAACGGUACGUAGCUGCGGCCUUCCCCAGCGCCUGCGGUAAAACCAACCUGGCCAUGAUGAAACCAGCUCUGCCGGGAUGGAAGGUGGAGUGUGUGGGAGACGACAUCGCCUGGAUGAAGUUUGACAGCCAGGGCAAACUGAGGGCCAUCAACCCAGAGAAUGGUUUCUUCGGUGUGGCCCCCGGCACCUCGGCCAAGACCAACCCCCACGCCAUGUCCACCAUCUCCAAAAACACCGUGUUCACCAACGUGGGUGAGACCAGCGAUGGAGGCGUGUGGUGGGAGGGCCUGGACCCCCCCGCAGCUGGUAUCACACUCACAGACUGGCUGGGCAAAGCCUGGAAGCCAGGAAGCUCCACUCCGUGUGCCCACCCCAACUCCCGGUUCUGCACCCCGGCAGCUCAGUGUCCCAUCAUCGACCCCCACUGGGAGAGCGAGGAGGGAGUUCCCAUCGAUGCCAUUAUCUUUGGUGGCAGGAGACCAGAAGGAGUACCUCUGGUGUAUGAAGCUUUUAACUGGCGUCACGGGGUGUUUGUUGGAGCUGCCAUGAGGUCUGAAGCCACAGCAGCUGCUGAGCAUAAAGGCAAGGUGAUCAUGCACGACCCCUUCGCCAUGCGGCCGUUCUUCGGCUACAACUUUGGUGACUACCUCGCUCACUGGCUGAGCAUGGAGAACCGCAAGGCUCCAACUCAACUGCCCAAGAUCUUCCACGUCAACUGGUUCAGGAAGGACCCGGCGACGGGUGCCUUCCUCUGGCCCGGCUUUGGCGAGAACGCCCGGGUGCUGGAGUGGAUUUUCAAGCGCUGCAGCCGAGAGAGGGAGGACGAGGCGGCCAGAAAGAGCAUGAUCGGAUGGCUGCCAGAAAAUAACGCCAUUAAUACAAAAGGUCUAAGCAAGGUGGAUAUGGGUGCCCUGUUUGACCUGCCUAAAGCUUUCUGGCAAAAGGAGACCCAGGAGCUGAGAGCCUACUUCAGCCAGCAGGUUGGAGCCGACCUGCCCCCUCAGGUGGAGGCUGAGCUGAAGGCACUGGAGGACAGGGUGCGUAAUUAAAACCCUGCUGAUUGGGAGGGGGGAAGAAAGGAGUCACUAGUGACACUAGCCCUGAUACAGAACCCUCAAGUGAUCUUCAGUUUUAUUGGUUAUUGGGGUGUAAAGGGUCCUGUGCUGCUCCACAAAGAAUUCUCCCUACAAAGGUCAGAGGUCUACAACAGAGGUCUAUACAAAUACGGUUUGAGGUGUAAUUAAAGACAAGUCUACCCCAAUUCUCCAUUGUAACUAAAUCAAAGAAGGUUGGUGUAAACUUUGACUUCAUUGGUGGUGUGCCUCAGCAGCAAUGAAGAAGUCGAAGGCGAGUCAGACGUUACAGUAGAGAAUAGGGGUAUACCUAUCUUUAACUAAGUUUAUUUGUACAUUGGAGGUGUAGGGCAUGUGAGCACGUUGAAAGUAGACAAGGGAGGGAUUACAGACAGCUGCUUGUUUCAGUGAAAUUCAACAAAGUUUUUUUGUCUUAGACCUCUCUGACUUUUAUAGAGAGAAUUCUCUAUGGAGCAGCGUAGGACCGUGUGGUACACAACAACAACCGAUACAACCAAAGAUAACCAAGGCGUCCUGCAUUAGUGCCAUGGUGACACAGGAUUCGUCUGUUGGGGUACAAUCAGGGCCACUGGCUACAUUGACAUGCACAGAGAAUUUGGCUCUGAACUUGGUUUUCCAAGCAGGAUGCUCCUCGCAUGUAAACAUAGCCUCUGGCCUUUCUCUUCUCGUGGAGAGAAAUCAGAAUGGAACUACACGGGGGAUGGAGGGAGGGAGGGGGUAGAAGUUGAACAGCUACAAAGCUAUACCAGCCUUCUGGAAACUACUUCACACUGAUGCCUGCAAUACUGUGAGAAUGGUGCUGGGGUCGGGGGUGGGUGGAGGCGAGCAGCUGGGAAGUGGGAACUUUGAAACACACUGCUCAGUUGAAAUUGGACGUGUACUCUGAGCAUGAAAGUCCACAUUUCUGUGAAGCACCGGUAAUCAUAUACCUCGCUUUCAGUACGGCCACUGUACCACAAAAUGAAUGUGGCCUGUCCCCUAAACUCCUGCUCAGUAAUACAGAAGACCAGGCAGCCCUAGCAAUGCAAUGGAGCACAAUCAACUUAGCCCAGUAGUGCCUUCCAGACAUUUUACAGUGCAGUGUCGAGUCCCCUAAUGUUUACAAGCUACACCCCAAAGAUCUUUUUGGCAAUUCUGACAAAGUUUUAAUAUUUUUACACAUAAAAAAAGUUUUAUUUGAACUUCAGCGCCUCAAGUUUCCCUGGGCCUUUCAGUAUUUUUACUCAUUGAAUUAAUUUGAACACUGGUUCUUCCAAUAUUUACUGAGUCUGCUGACAGGCCCCGUGUUUUAAGAUGUGUGAUUUUUAUCAUGAGCUCAUUGAGGAAGAAACUAUGUAAAACAUUUUAUCAGGCGGAGGUUGUGCAGAAGUUCAUCGUGCAUUAUUAAUUUUUCCACUGUUUGUGUUGUUUCUGAUUGAAAUGUAUAAUUUCAAGUAAUGUUUACACACUAUAACACAUGAAAUGUUGGACCAAUAAGCGAGACUGAGAUUAUUAGAAAUUAGAAGUUGGAUGUCAAGUUUUUUAUUACUGUGCAAUGAAUAAAUAACCUGAAAUUCAGACACAGU